AGUUCUACCAUUCUGGAGCACAGCGUAUCAACUACGAAGGGACACCGCGGAUCCUGCACUCAGACACCGCCUCUGCAACACUAUAUAGCUGUCCAUUGUCUGCUGAUAGUGUGAGUCAAGACACCAGACUUUGCGAUAUGGCUGCCAAUGGUGUCGCAGCAAAGAUGGACGAACUAAAGGUGGAAGACGGCGCACCAGCUGCUCCUUCCGCUGCGCCAGCCGACAAGCCAAAAAAGCAAGACAAGGAGCGGAAGGACCAGAAAGAAGCCAAGAAGAGCAAGGAGAAGAAGGACAAGCCGCAGCAGCAGCCAGCCAAGAAGAAGACCGACGGACCAGAGCUGAUUGGUAUUACUGAGCCCAAGUCAGGCGACCUCUCAGAAUGGUACCAACAAGUCAUUCUCAAGGGCGACAUGCUCGAUUUCACCGACAUUCCAGGCUGCUACAUCUACCAGCCAGCCUCCUACAGAAUAUGGGAGUUCAUUCAGGACUACUUCAAUGCGCGCAUUCGAAAACUUGGCGUCAAGAACUGCUAUUUCCCACUUUUCAUUUCAGAGGCAAACUUGCAGCGAGAGAAGGAUCACAUCGAGGGCUUCGCGGCCGAAGUAGCAUGGGUGACAGAGGGUGGAAAGACCAAGCUGGAGAAGCGCUUGGCUGUGCGCCCGACCUCCGAGACGGCCAUGUACAGCUUCUACAGCAAGAAGAUCCGAUCGCACAGAGACUUGCCGCUGAAGAUGAACCAGUGGAACAACGUUGUGCGUUGGGAGUUCAAGCAUGCUGUCCCAUUCCUGCGCUCGCGUGAGUUCUUGUGGCAGGAGGGCCACACUGCACAUCUCACAGAGCAAGGUGCUGGCGAAGAAGUCAUGCAAAUUCUCGACUGGUACGCCGACAUCUACCAAGAGCUCCUUGCGGUUCCAGUAGUCAAGGGCCAGAAGACCAAGAACGAGCAAUUCCCGGGAGCAUACUACACCAAGACUAUCGAAGGCUACAUUCCAGCUGUGGGACGAGGCAUUCAGGCCGCUACCUCUCACUGUCUCGGUCAGCAUUUCGCCAAGAUGUUUGACAUCACCGUCGAAGAUCCAAAUCAAGAUGUGAAGGAGGGUGAGAAGAGAAACAAGGUGCACGUCUGGCAGAACAGCUGGGGCUUCACCACUCGCUCUAUUGGUGUCAUGGUUCUUAUUCAUGGUGACGACAAGGGUCUUGUCAUCCCACCGCGAGUCGCUGAGAUCCAGACUGUCAUCGUUCCUGUCGGUGUGACCGCGAAGACCACGGAUGCAGACCGUAAGAAGCUGUACGAUGAAGUCGAGGGUCUGCGCGCUGUUCUCGAAGAGGCUGGCGUUCGUGUCGAGACGGAUAUGCGCGAGGGCUAUUCUCCAGGAUACAAGUUCAACGACUGGGAACUCAAAGGUGUUCCCCUCCGUAUCGAGUUUGGACCAAAGGACUCUGAGAAGCAUGUCGUCACCACCUCUCGACGCGACCAGGGCGGCAAAGACACCGUCCCAAUCAGCGACAUCGGCAAGAAGAUCCCAGAACUGCUCGAGACCAUCCAGAAGGAUAUGUUUGCGAAGGCUGAUAAGGAGUACGCCGAGCACCGAGUCAUUGUGCGGGAGUGGAAGGACUUUGUUCCAGCCCUCAAUGCCAAGAACGUCUUACUCGUCCCACACUGCUUGGGAGGCGAGUGCGAGGAUCAGAUCAAAGACGAUUCGAAGGGCAACAUCGAGGGCCAGGAGGUCGAUGCUCGCGCUCCAUCUAUGGGUGCCAAGUCGCUCUGUAUCCCGCAUGACCAGCCAGAGGCGAUCGCCGCAGGUACCAAGUGUGUCAAUCCCAAGUGCGGCAAGAACGCCGAGCAGUGGGUCAUGUUUGGUCGCAGCUAUUAGAGAGAGGUAUGGUGUUCAAAGGCGUGGAGUUUGGAGUGUGCAUCGAGAAGGGCUGGCAUUUAGGGGAUGAGAUGUUUCGCUUAAGCACAUCAGUCGGCUGCUGGAGUUGAGAGCCGAGGAAAGAAGUUUUGAGCCGCCAUCGGCGUGUAUGCAUGAGGAAUGACUUUCGAUGUCGCAUGAAGGAAUAAUACCCAAAAGGUUUGUGAAAAUGGACAAUCUCAUUUAAACUCUC